AAGUUUGACAUUUUCUUAAAAUGUAAGCAGAACAGCCUCAGUCAAGAAUAAUAAAUAAAAUUGCAAAAAAGUUUAUUCAGAUAUUACAUUUUAUCCGAAAAAUACAGAAAAAAAGUAUCUUGGUGUAAAUAUAGUGUAUUAAGAAAUAUGUAUAUUCGAAUAACUAUAAAAAGUGGUUGACUAUUGUGAUUAAAUCUUAUCAGCCGGAAUAAUUGAUAAAAUUAAUAUUACACUAUUAUCCACCUUUAUAGGAGCCGUGUUCAAGUAACAUAGUUUUGACAAUUUAACUCUAGCAUGUGGCAUAUAAUGAAUGACAUUGAUAAGUUUUAUUGACCAAGAGAAGCCAGCAAAGCAAUAUGAGGAUAAGAAGAUUGUCUGCCCUGUUUUGGGCGACUUGUAUUAUAGCAUUUAUAUUUAUUCUAUAUGUUGUAACAGAUCUUAGUUUAAAAUUGCCUAGUAUAAAACCUGCAAUGGUGGAUCUUGAAGAUAACAAAUGGUCUUCAUUUGAAUCAAAGCUACGAAACAUUGAAAACGAACUAAACCAGCAUCAUGCCGUAGUUGGAGAGAUUAAAAGUGCCAUGGAUCAGAUUGUGGAACAAUCCCAGGAGUUUCAUCCACCACAAAUAAGACCUAAGCCCGCACCAAAACAGAUAAAAAUCAGGGAAUUUAAAGUUGUCGGUGAUGAACCACCAAGGAUGCAUAGAAAAAUAAAUAUGUCCUACUGUCCUAUUUUUCAAACAUCUUCUAAAACAGAUGUUCAGAUGCUUUCAAUGUAUGACAGAAUAAUGUUUGAUGAUGUUGAUGGUGGAGUGUGGAAGCAGGGGUGGAACAUAGAGUAUAAAGAUAAUCAAUGGAGUAGUAAAAACAAGUUGAAGGUCUUCAUAGUGCCACAUUCUCACAAUGAUCCUGGGUGGAUCAAGACCUUUGAGAACUAUUAUAAGGCUCAAACAAAGGCUAUAUUUACAAAUAUGGUGGAAAAACUCAAGGAAAAUGUUGGAAGGAAAUUUAUUUGGGCAGAAACCAGUUAUCUUUCAUUGUGGUGGACAUCUGAUGCAACAGAUAAGGAAAAAACUGAUUUUCAAAACUUACUGAAAUCAGGGCAAAUUGAAAUAGUUACUGGUGGAUGGGUUAUGAAUGAUGAGGCUAAUUCCCACUGGGUAUCCAAUGCUCAGCAACUAACAACUGGACAUCAAUGGCUACUUGAUAAUCUUGGUUACAUACCCAAAAAUGGCUGGGCAAUCGACCCAUUUGGGUAUUCUAGCAGUCAGCCUUACUUAUUGAAGUUGACUGGACUAGAAAAUUCUGUUAUACAAAGAGUACAUUACAGAGUGAAGAAGGAACUUGCUUUGAACAGACAACUGGAGUUUAAGUGGAGGCAAAUGUGGGAUGGUUCUGGAAAAACCGAUAUGUUCACCCACAUGAUGCCUUUCUAUUCGUAUGAUGUUCCUCAUACUUGCGGACCGGACCCUAAGAUCUGCUGUCAAUUUGAUUUUAAAAGAUUGCCCGGGAAUGGGGUCACUUGUCCCUGGGGAUCACCACCUAGAAAGAUUGUCCAGAAAAAUGUUGAUGAAAGGUCUUUCAUGAUCUUGGAUCAAUGGCGUAAAAAGGCCCAACUGUACCGUAGUAAUGUAGUCCUCGUGCCACUGGGCGACGAUUUCCGCUACGAUAGAGCGAAUGAAUGGGACAAUCAGUACCAGAACUAUGAAAUGAUCAUUGAUUACAUAAACAGCAACGAGGCGUGGAAUGCAGAGGUACAAUUCGGCACUCUCCAAGACUACUUCAAGGCGGUGCACGAGGAAAUCAAACUGGCCGACUUCCCGGUGUUGACGGGCGACUUCUUCACGUACGCCGAUCGGAACCAACACUACUGGAGCGGAUACUACACGUCGCGGCCUUUCUACAAAAGAAUGGACCGAGCGCUGCUGGCCUACGUGCGGGCGGCCGAGGUGAUAACGGCGCAGGCCAGCUCGUCGCGCUCCGUGAGCCACAUCACGUCGCUGCAGCUGCGCGACCGCGUGGAGCACGCGCGGCGCGCGCUGGCGCUGUUCCAGCACCACGACGGCGUGGCGGGCACGGCGCGCGACGACGUGCACGAGGACUACGCGCGCAAAAUGUUAACAGCCAUCAAAUACAGUCAAUCGGCGAUCCAGCAAGCGGCAUACUAUCUUUUGAAGCAACCUGCGAUCCAGGACCAGACACAGGAGGACGUGUACUUCGACGUGGACGAUAUCUGGCGGAAACACGACGAGAUUCCGUCCCGGAUAACUAUCGCCUUGGACCCAAUGUCGCCCUCGAGGCGGCUGCUGUUUUAUAACGCAUUGGCGUUUAAGAGACACGAAGUUGUGACCGUAAUCGUGUCCACGCCGCACGUUGAGGUCUUUGACCCCGAUGGCAGCCCGAUAAUGGCUCAAAUAUCACCCGUGGUAGCUGGAGAGAAACGUCUCGGCUUCGCAGCGAACAAGUUUCAGCUGUCCUUCCCGGUGGUAGUGGACGCGUUAGCUAUCACCGUCUACAGCGUGUCGCUGCGAGACAACAUGGCCAUCAAUAAAUACACGUCGUACUCGCGCGUGCGCAUCUACAACGCGGACUACUGGUCGGUGGAGCUGCCCAAGAUGUUCGCGGUGGAGCAGCCGGCGGCGCGGCUGGCGGACGACGUGACGAUGCAGGCCGGGAACAGCUCGCGGGUCGUCGCCACCAUGAACGGGCUGCUAAAGGCCGUCGUCACGCCCGACGGCCACACCAUGCCCGUCCAUAUGGAUUUUGUUCAAUAUGAUACUCAAAAAGCUCAAGAUAACAACAGUGGAGCGUAUCUGUUCAUCCCGGACGGUCCGGCGACGCCAUUCAAAUCCGACCCGUUCCCGGAGAUUGUGAUCACGGAAGGGCCGUUCAAAGCUACGCUUUAUUCAGGACUGGUGGGACCUAAAGCUGCUGAAGUAUUACUUGCGAUCUCAGUGUACAACAACCCGUCGCUGCCGCACGCGGAGCUGGAGAUCAGCAACACGCUGCUGAUCGACCCGCAGGUGGACGACCUGGAGCUCGCGAUGCGUUUCUCCACCCCCAUCAAGAACGGAGACAUCUUUUACACGGACCUCAAUGGAAUGCAGAUGAUUAAGCGCCGCUACUUCGAGAAGCUCCCGCUGCAGGCGAACUUCUACCCGCUGCCGGCGGCCGCCUUCCUGCAGGACGGCGGCGCGCGCCUCACGCUGCUCACGUCCACGCCGCUCGGCGCCGCCGCGCUGCGCAGCGGCCAGCUGGAGGUGAUGCAGGACCGCCGCCUCAGCCGCGACGACAACCGCGGCCUCAACCAGGGCGUGCUGGACAACGUGCGCACUCGACACACCUUCCGCCUGCUGCUCGAGCGCGUCCCACAAGUCUGCGCGUCGAAAUCUCCCGAGCAGACAAGCGAGUACCUGACCCUGGGCGCGCACGUGUCGCAGCAGAUGUUGCUGCAGCCGCUGAUCACGAUGCACUACAGCGCCAACGAGAACUCGCCGCGGUCCUCGUACUCCCGCUCCCUCGUCAGCGCUCCGGACGUCGUGUUGGCAGCUUUCCACUCUCAUAUAGCGACCAAAAAUAAAGACGGCGCCACACACCACGGCAUGGGUAUGACCUUCCAGCGAGUACAUUUGGACACUUGCUACGGCAACAAGGCAGUUGAGAAGUGGUAUCCACUUAGCGAGGGACAGAUACCAUUGACAGAUAUGGUGGACGUACAGCCAGAUCAGAUAUUCGAUAGUUCUUUGACAUUCGUCCACGUAAGGAACCCGGUACCAGAAGCAUUUAUCGCGCUAUGUCCGAUGGAAAUACGAUCUGUCUUCAUCAAUCAAACGUUAAAACGCGCCUAAAACUUAAUUAGUAACAAAUACUAUUCAAUGGAUAAGGUGUAAAUUAUUGUACCAAAUUUUAGGCAAUGUUUAUUAUAUACUUAAAAACAAAAUUAGAAAGUAAAUAAGACAAUUUAAAAUAAAUGUCAUUCUUAAAUACACAUCUGUUAUUUAAGUACGUGCUUAUAUAAGUAUAGAAAAUAUUACUUAUUGUUGAUGUAAUCUUGGAAUGUUCUUAAUAAUAAAGUAUAUAAUAUAGUCUAUUC